UUGUCACUGUGUUUUUGUGGAAAGGGGUUCCCGUUUUUCUUUCGUCUCUUCUCGGCGUUUAAACGCAUAAUGUUUCCGGGAAGAAUCAUCUCUGGUUCCUGGGGGUCUCUCUUCAUUCACCGCUGAUCAGCUGGAUCAGAACCGAGUGAGAGGCGCUCCGGGGCGGACUGGACCGAGAGGAGGAACCGGAGCCUGGCUGGCUGGCUGGGAGGCUCUGCACAUCCGCCGCUUUUUUUAAUUCAACCGCAGUUUGCCAUUGAUUUGUUCCCCCGAAGCUCCGGACAUCUGUCGGCGUCUUGAAAUGUGGCCUCAGACGGUUUCCGCUGCUGUUUCCGUGACUAUUCCUCAGUGGGAGCCUCCGUUUUGACGUUUGCCACCCAGAAAAAUUAUCAAACGAACAGGAAAAAAACACAAACUCCCCCCUCUUUUUCUCAACUGAGCCCACGGCUGUUUUCUCUUUUUUUAACCCUCUCCGGUCGCCUCCAUGGUCGCGUUUUCUUCGCUUUCACGCCACAAGAAGACGGAUGAAAGUAAAGCGACGAGCCACCGGGUUCUUUUAUUAACGAGCCUCCCAGCGUCCACCGACAUGGUCCGAUAGCGUCUGGAAGGACUGGGGGAAAGUGAGAAGCUGAGUGGGGGUUCAGUCUGGGCUGUUGUUGUUUUUUUCUUCACAUGAGACAGACAUGAGGUGGAUGUAGUUUGGUUUUUGCGCAUCAUUUGAAGCUGGAUCACUGUCUUGGUGAUCUGUGCUGCCUUCACGGACUGUGACAAUGAGGAUUGUAUGAAAAGUGAGCUUUUCUUCUCUGACCACCAGGCUGUUUUUUUUAAACCCAGUGAUCACAAACCCAAUUUAUUUAUUUUCUCCUGGACGACGACGCGCACUCAGGGACGAACAUGUCUUUACGCACGGCACUGCCUGGGAACGAGCGGAACCCGGACCAUCAUACCUCCCUGUCGGCCAGCCGCUCAGAGAAGGGUACCGGCUGGUCGAGCCGCUCGCUCGGCGCCCGAUGUCGUAACUCCAUCGCCUUGUGUUCAGACGAGCAGCCGCACAUCGGAAACUACCGGCUGCUCAAAACCAUCGGCAAGGGCAACUUCGCCAAAGUCAAACUGGCACGACACAUCCUGACCGGCAGAGAGGUUGCAAUAAAGAUCAUCGAUAAAACACAACUCAACCCAACCAGCCUGCAGAAGCUGUUUCGAGAGGUACGCAUCAUGAAAACUCUCAGCCAUCCCAACAUCGUGAAGUUGUUCGAAGUGAUUGAGACGGACAAGACUCUUUACCUGAUUAUGGAGUACGCCAGUGGAGGCGAAGUGUUCGACUACCUCGUGGCUCACGGCAGAAUGAAGGAGAAAGAGGCCAGAGCCAAGUUCAGACAGAUUAUCUCGGCGGUGCACUACUGCCAUCUGAAGAAGAUUGUUCACAGAGACUUGAAGGCGGAGAACUUACUGUUAGACGCCGACUCCAACAUCAAAAUCGCCGACUUUGGCUUCAGUAAUGAGUUCACUGCUGGCAGUAAACUGGACACGUUCUGCGGCUCCCCGCCCUACGCCGCCCCGGAGCUCUUCCAGGGGAAGAAGUACGACGGUCCGGAGGUGGACAUCUGGAGCCUGGGGGUCAUCCUGUACACGCUGGUUAGCGGAUCGCUGCCCUUCGACGGACAGAACCUCAAGGAGCUGCGGGAGCGUGUUCUGAGGGGAAAAUACCGCGUGCCCUUCUACAUGUCGACAGACUGCGAGGGGAUCCUUCGCCGCUUCCUGGUCCUCAACCCCACCAAGCGCUCCUCGCUGGAGCAAAUACUGAAAGAUAAGUGGAUUAAUGUCGGCUACGAUGGAGACGAGCUGAAGCCCCACACAGAACCUGUGGAGGACUAUAAUAAUACCAGUCGCAUCGAUGUGAUGGUUGGGAUGGGCUUCACCAGAGAGGAGAUCAGAGACUCGCUGUCCAAUCAGAAGUACAACGAGGUCACCGCCACAUACCUACUGCUGGGACGCAAGAAUGAGACGGAGGGCAGUGAGUCUCGGUCGGGCAGCAGUCUGAGUCUGGCUCGAGUCCGACCCGGCACCAUCAGCAACGGAACCAGCAAACACUCCACCUCCUCCUCCUCCUCCUCCGCUGCAGCUUCCUCCUCCUCUGGACACAAGGCCCAGCGCAGCGCCUCCACCUACCACCGCCAGAGACGACACUCGGACUUCUGUGGUCCAGCGGUUCCCGGGUCGACACACCCAAAGAGGAGUCCCAGUGGUGUGGGCGAAGGAGCGGGACUUAAAGAGGAGCGUCUGUCAAGCCGCAAGCCCAGCACCAGUACGGUUGGCUCCCGUAGCAUCCCGACCCCCUCCAGCCCCAUGGUCAGCUCCGCCCACAACCCAAAUAAAUCAGAGAUACCCGACCGGCGCAAGGAAGUCAACGCCACCACGAAUAACAUCCCUGCCAGUGCCAUGACUCGAAGAAACACGUAUGUGUGUACGGACCGAUCCACCACUGAUAGACACACACUGCUGCAGAACGGCAAAGAGAACAGUUCUGUCUCCCAUCGCCUCCCCCCUGCAUCCCCCUCCACCCACAGCAUCGCUGGUGCCUCUGGGACCUCCUCCUCGUCCUCCACGCCCUCCUCCCGCCUCUCCAGGGGGUCCACAGUGAGGAGCACGUUCCACGGAGGGCAGAUUAGGGACCGUCGUCCUCCCUCUCAUGCUCCUCCGGCCUCCCCAACGCCGUCCCACGAUGCCAGCCCCCUGCCCCACGCCAGGACCCGGGCCACCACCAACCUGCUCAGCAAACUCACUUCCAAGUUGACUCGCAGGGUCACUCUUGACCCUUCUAAACGUCAGAGCUCAAACAAGUCCAUGUCGGGCUGCACCCUCCCACAGGGGACAAAAACAGUUAACGAACCUGAGAGAAUCAGCAGAUCUCCGGUCACAAGUCGCCAUCUAUCUGGGCAUCAGAAAGCGGCCGAGCCCCGGACCCCCCGAUGCGGCUGGGAUGUAAGGGUGCGGAGCCCCCGCGACCCGGCCGAGGUGGUGCUAGCGCUGCGUGAGGCGGCGCAGGGCUGCGGCUGCCAGGUCCACCUGGCCGGACCCUUCCUCCUGUCCUGCACCCACGGAGCAGCCGGCGCCCGCGUGGCCUUCGAGGCCGAGGUCUGCCAGCUGCCCAGCGGGCUGGGCCAGAGCAGCGGUGUCAGGUUCAAGCGCCUGUGGGGGGCGCCGUUAGCCUUUAGAGACAUUGCCACCAAAGUGUCCAAAGAGCUGGAGCUCUGAGGGCGACAGGAGGCGGGGCAUAGUGAUGCCGGGGGGGUGAAUGAGGAGGGAUGAUGAGGAGGAGGAGGGACAACAAGGAAGAACCUCCUCCUCUUCCUCCCUGGGCUCAUGUGAUGCGGCUCGCGAUGCCUCGCCUCCGCCAAAGACCCUCUUCUUCUGAUGCCACCAAUCACAGCCAGGAUGGAUGCACAGACACGGAUAGACCACCAUCGGCAGACUUAUGACGACCCUUGACUUGGAGCUGUCAGUGACCUACGACCCCUGCUUGAAACACGCCACCACCUCCAUAUUACGUGAGCCCACGGAGUCAGGUUUUCUUUUUCUUUUUUUCACGAUUUUCUGUUUGAUGAUGAUGAGGAUGCUGAGAAUGAUGGAGAUUGAUAAUGUGCUGUUGUUGUUGACUUUGUUGUUCCUAUUGUAUCAUAUUUGUUGUCAUCAUUCCUUUUUAAAGAGCUGCUAUUUAAAGAAAUGUUUAAAUUUUUUUGUGUAUUAAGUUUAUUUUCUUUCUUUAAUGCUUUUAAAAUGGGCAGAAGUUUGACAUCUGUUGGAAGCAGGCGUCACAUAUUUGAGAAGUGAGGUGGCAGUUUGACCUCCGGCCUCUAGGGGGAGACAUGCAGAAAUGCAGAGACAGACUGUGACAGACUGAAUGAAGCACCGCGGCCUUUCUGCCCAUCCAUUCAUAACGCCCAUUUACUGCUCAGUUUUCAUGUUUGUUUGUACCAUUUCUGUUGAAAUGUUGCUUCUCUGCCUGCGAUCAUUCUGAAAUCUCUCCUGUGUAUUAAGAUAACAGGAGCGAGUUGAUCCGGUUGAUCAUUUAACUUUAUAUUAUUAUUUAAACUCUGCUCCUCACAUAUACUCCACUUCACCCAAUGCUUCGUCCCAUUCUACCUUCAUUUACAAGCAAAAGGCCUCUCAAAUGUACAAAGUAGAAUUUAUUCCUACAAAAACAAACAAACCUGGAUCUCCAACAGGAACCUUGACUUGAUUUUUUAAUACAUAAAAAUUGCAUUAAUAUACACGAUGUUUGGAUCUGGAGUCCCCAGGAAAAAAGUGAUACCAUUCAGCGGUUUAUUUAAUCUAUUUGGAUUAAAAAAGCAGCUUUGUCAGCCAAUCAGAGUGGAUUUUUCUGAGACCAAUUAUUGCUAAUUUAACUAUAAUGUCAAAGGUUAAAGGCUGUGUAUUUUAAAACACCAACCGAUAACUUCUACAUAUUAUACCUUUUUAAAAAAAGUUAAAAAGUUGGUUUAACAUUUUUAACCAUAGCAAAAUUAAAAUGAAAGUCAUGUUUUUCCCAGCACAUAUCUUAUAUUUUCACUGAGUGCCCGGAAACAAAAAAUAAGACUAAAUCUAUGAAUAUGUGCCACAAAUGGUUAAAAAAAGAAAGAAGAAGAAGCUUAACUGGUCAAAUAGUAUGUUUGUUUUUUUAUCUGAUGUGAUGUAACUUUAACACAAUUCACACAAAAAAUGCAAAUCCUCUUUUUCAAAAACACAAAAAGUCUUUAUUUGUUGGUUGUUAAAACUGAAGCAGCUCCAGGUUUGGUCCCCACUAAAGGCAGUAGGUGCAUUUUUAUUAAAAAAGAUGACUUUCAAGCUUUUUCAUGAUCAUCUGGUCUUUCAAAAACACAUUUUUUUCUGCACACAUAGUUAAAGUAGCUCAUACUGGUUUAGAGUAAAUGGAGGAGAUGGGUUUCACUGGUAGCACUUAUUAAUAUCACAUACCGCCGUCAUUUUACUCAAACGUAGUGCAAUACAGCCACAAAGCCAAGAAUCUAGACUUGAAUAAGCAUCGACUCAGUA